AUGGCAACGGCGAAGACACGGCACGUAGGGUCGCAAUAUGGACGCAACAGGAAGGAUCCCUUCUUGGAACUGUCAGACGACACGCAGCUGCGUGAGCAACCUACAUCGAGCAACACCAAGAACCAUGAGAACCAUGACGCCUCAUCGGUGUCACCGUUCCUGGAUUUUCUGCUCACUCCAAUCUAUGUCGUCUCAUUCAUUUUCUCUCUCACCGUAGUGGAGCGUCAGCAGCGCCAAUGGCGGCUGUCACAGCAUGCACGACAACCGCAAACUGUGUGGGAACGGUGGUUUUCAAGUUCCGAACCGUACCAACAAGCCCCAGGAACGACGUGGGCACCUCAUUACUCAUGGAGGCGCCGUGGAGUGGCCAAAUUGCAAAUCAACGACGUUUUCGAGAUUCGCGAUCGGGUAGCCAUAUGCACGGCGAUAUGGACGAUCCUCGCUCUGAUCGGAUCUGCAUACGCCACGCGAUGGGUGUAUUUUUGGUUGUUCAAAUGA